AUGGGGUGCUGCAAGUCAAAAGCAAGCGGCUUCGAUUCAGGCGCUUCCUUGUAUAAAUGUGCGCCUCAUAUCAUGUUUGUGGGUCCUCCUGGAGUGGGAAAGACGACACUUGUUUUUCGCAUUGUUAUGCCAGGAUGGUCAGAUAUAACUCAAGGCAUGGAGCCGACGAAGGCCUUCUUCCACGAAAUCGUCGUCCGAAGUGGCCGCACUCUGCAUCUUUGGGAUUUGUCGGGCAACCCCGCGCUCCAGCGAUCGUGGAACGGGCUGUACAGGUACGUGAAGAUGUGGGCGGCAGUGUACGUGGUGAGUCUGACAGACACGAAUCCAGAGCGGAUUGCGAGGAACCGCGCGGAACUUCGUGCGCUUCUCUCGGACGAUUGUCUUUGCGAUUCCGCAGUAGUCGUGGUCAUGAACACUUUCGGCAUGACAGUAGAUUCGGUGCCAAUUCCCCCGCCGGAAAUGGCCUCGCGACUCGGGCUCUUAGAGGCGGAGGACACAACGGCGGCCUCGCGGCUUGCGUGGUUCGUUGUGGACGCCAAGGAAGGGGAUAGAGACCCUCAGUGGGGUGAAGCCUUGAACUUUUUGUUUCAACACUUUGCAAAAAUGGCGGCAGACAGAGAGAACGGCGGCCCCCCUCGACAGAAAAAAAAGCAAAAAGGGAAACCUUAA